UAAUCUGCUCUUAAAAUAAUAAUAAUAAUAAUAAUAAAAUUUCCCCACAGUACCGUAGGGAUCCAUACAAAUAUAACUUCCGCUCAACAGGCGAGGAUUUCAUCUCCGACAGCCGAUCGUUGUUUUCAGGGAGCGAAGCGCCUGCGAAGAGAGGAUGGUGGAGAAGGGGAGCAAAGGUCGGAAAGAGGAGGUCGUAACAAGGGAGUACACCAUCAAUCUCCAUAAACGCCUACAUGGAUGCACAUUCAAGAAGAAAGCCCCCAAGGCCAUAAAAGAGAUCAGAAAGUUUGCUCAAAAGGCUAUGGGAACGACAGACGUGAGGAUCGAUGUUAAAGUUAAUAAGCUGAUCUGGAGUAGGGGAAUCCGAAGUGUUCCAAGACGGGUUCGUGUGAGAAUUGGUCGUAAAAGAAAUGAAGAGGAGGAUGCCAAGGAAGAGUUCUAUUCCCUCGUGACAGUUACUGAGAUCCCUCCAGAGGGUCUCAAAGGGUUGGGAACAAAGGUUAUUGAUGAGACUGAUUAAAUGAAAGCUUCUGAGCUCUUAAAGGUGGUUUAAGUUUCAGUUUUGUAGGGAGCUUUUCUUUAGUUGCAUGUUCAGACUAAACUGUUUUCCAGUUUAACGAUUUCUGAAUUGCUAUUGAUCACGUUUCCAAGUCCUUGCGAUCAAUUCUGUUUCAUAAUUUUUAUGCUUAAAUUUUUUC